CCCCACGUCCAUGCUCACGCCCACGUAAGCAGCGAGGGCGCUACCUACGCCACCCUGGAAUCCGCCCCAGCCAUCACUACGUUAGCAUCCAUACCUUACACGGAGCCCUAUUACUACUACAAAACUGACAUGUACAUGAAGGAUGAUGGUCGCAGGUCCGCUACCUACGACUUCGUACAAACUCCGUACAUGACGUCAGCCACCCACGCCCACGCACCCGCCCACAGCCACCCCCAUCUCCAAAAGACAGAACCCGUCAUGUGGUCCAACCCGCCCGACUAUUCGCAAAUUCCUCCGGAGGUCCUGGAGAGAUCGACGCCCCUGACCCACCACUCCUACAUGACCUCCGCCGCAACGGCUGCGGCGUGGCAGGCCGCCCCGCCCUACGACACUGUCCUGCACACGGCCAACGGCGAAACCUACCGACGCAUAGAACCAGGUGACCCAGACUGCAACGAGCCCCGGGAAUGCGUCAACUGCGGGGCGGUGACGACGCCCCUGUGGAGGCGGGAUUCGGGCGGCCAUUACCUGUGCAACGCCUGCGGCCUCUACAGCCGCGCCAACGGCAUCAACAGACCGCAUGUUCGUAAUCAGAGACGCGUCAGCAGCCCCUAUCCUACACCGGCGUCGACGCCCCAGCCAGCCCGCAGGAGCGGCAUGACCUGCAGCAACUGCCAAACAACCAACACCACCCUCUGGAGGAGGAACAACAAUGGCGAGCCAGUGUGCAAUGCCUGCGGCCUCUACUACAAGUUGCACGGGGUCAGUCGCCCCCUGACGAUGAAGAAGGAAGGUCCCAUCCAGACCCGGAAGAGGAAGCCGAAGAGUUCGUCUUCAUCGUCGUCGUCCUCCUCGUCUCAACAGCAGUCGUCCAGUUCAUCCAGAUAUUCCACUAGUUCCAGCCUCCCCGGUGCUUCGUCACUGAAGACACACCAGCCGCCACCUGCAUAUGUGAGUACAGUCAUCACCAAUUACGCCGACCACCACGCAGCAGACCACUACGGGGGAAGCGCUGGGCCGGGGUCACUGCACGAGCAAGCCAAUGCCCACUUGAUACCAGCGGGUAAUCAUCCUGUUACCCACGUUCCAUCGCAACUAGUGGCAUACCCAUCGCCAUCCUCCACGCCUCAGCACAUGAUACCCAACUCGCAACAUUUGUCGCACCAAGUGUUGAAACAAAUACCCGUCCUCGAACCGCUCGACGAAUCUGCCAUAAAAUACGAACAUACCGGCUGAUGAGAGGCGUUACGCUGGCGAGACGAGACGAGACAAGACGAUGAAGGGAUUCUCUCUUCGUCAGAGGGAUGGCGACUCAAAUCCCCUCUAGAGUGAAUUUCUUGCCCGUAAGGCAGUUGUUGUUACGUUUAAGACAGAUAGCAUUAGCGGAAAAUUCUUCGAGUCAUGUAUUAUAGAUUGUCGUGUUGAUAUAUUGGUGCCAAUGUUGAAAUAUUGUAGGUCUUAGGAAGACUGCUGCAAAGCUCAAAGUCGUAAACCAGAGAGAGAGAGAGAGAGAGAGAGAGAGAGAGAGAGAGAGAGAGAGAGAGAGAGAGAGAGAGAGAGAGAGUUUAUUUCGUGCGUGUGGGCAUUUUCGUUUAUUUCAGCUUCACCUGGAAAACCAAAUUUCCAUGGAACUGCGUCUGCAGGAUGUAUGACGAUGAAUGUAUUUGUGUAUACAGACACAAUCGUAUAUAUUACCUAUUACUUACGACAGACAACGCGUACACACAUAUCUACACCUAACCUAAAAAAAAUAAAAAGGAUAAACUUCCAUACUAUGCUGUAAAACAAGUGAUCUUCCGUUCACUCAUUUCACUUAUAUCACUUUCCUGUGGAACUACCCUGUUAACGGAGGACUUCUAAGCGCUGGGGCCUACGAGGUCACUCAGCGCUGGAAGGGAAUUUGAAAAUAAGACGGCUUGAGAGGUGUACAGGAGGAAAACCUCAAAGCAGUUGCGUUAUGAAGCAAUGUUAAAGAGGGUGGAAAGUCAGGCAGAAGAAAGAAUAUCUGAACGGAGGCACAGUAAAAGGAACGGAAGGGGUCGCAGCUAUAGGGGCCGAAGGGACGCUGCAAAGAACCUUCAGUAAUGCCCUACAGUGCACCGAAUGAGGUGAACUGAUGGCACUAGCCCCCUUACGGGACUGUUUACAAUAACACCUUAAAUGACAUUAACGGGGGUUGGUUACAUGACGUUCCCGUAAUCAGCUGAGACACGAACCAGCCCUGACCGAAAGAGCUUGACCCCUAUACUACCUUCAUUGGGAGAUGACUCCAGAUUCCUGGUUAUGAAUAGAUAAUUUUGCGUGAUAAAGGUCCUCCCUCCUUCUGCUGACUCUGAUCAAGAACGGUUCCAUAUCCUUCAAAGUCAGUUGGGAGUUGACUGACGUCACGCCCAAAAAGUUUGUUUUUGGACUACUCUAUAUUUGUAUGAGCAUAGACCCUUUUUAUUUUGUUGCGGAAAACGGGCAAUAUAAUCUCUAUUGAUACAUACGUACAUACAUUCAUACAUACAUGCAUACAUACAUACAUACGAGGUUAUAGUCCACAGGGACAAGGAAAAGCUAUAACCUCAUGUAUCUAUCUUCGUGAAAAAGGAAGACUAAAACCUCAUACAUACAUACAUACAUACAUACAUACAUACAUACAUACAUACACAUAAAAUUCACGUGUCCUGUUCAAAGCGAAAAAAUGUGUGAAAAUCUGCUAUUCAGAUCAGCAUUUUGUGUUAAAUAAUGUCCAUAUGUAAAUAUGUCGUGUUAGAUAGGUUCCCAUGUAAAUAAUUGUAUAUAUAGUAACUAGCCUAUAAUUUUAUGUAUGUAUAUAUUGGUACUCGAUAUGCUGAAACAAUUUUACAAAUGUGUUUAUGAUUGCAAGUCGCAUAGGUAGGAAUGGCCAUAUAACGGUACAUACUUUCACUUAUAACAAAAUUAUUUAUUGCAUUACAUCUUAAAUCUAUAAUGUAAAAUAUACUGAUGGUUACCUGCCAGACAUCAUGCGCUGAUACAUAUUUCCUAAUCUGAAUCAACACCCCUGUCCACCGACCCCCCUCAGCCCCCGCCCCACGAGGUAUAAAGCAAUGUUCAGAAUGGCGCUGAGCGGUUGUGAGCAGCAUGUAAGCCCAUUACAGAACUAUCAUUUAUUUAAUUACCAUGAUCAAGAAAGAACACCGCACAUACUUUACUCUGGCUGCUAAGAUACUCCAAUAUAGACAUGCAAAGGGCCAUAAAUUAUUGUUAUUAUUAUUAUUAUUAUUAUUAUUAUUAUUAUUAUUAUUAUUAUUCAGAAGAUAAACCCUAUUCAUAUACAACAAGCCAACGGGGACCUAUGACUCGAAAUUCGAGCUUCCAAAUAUAGUUCGAAUCUAAGGUGUCACACAGUAACAUUUUAUUUUUAUUUUUUUUUAAACACCUAUAGACUUCUGGAGUCAGCCCCCGAGAACCCAGAUAUACUGGAGGGGAACCCGACGCGUCCGGCUUGUUCGUCAUUUAGCAGCAGCCAAAGAUAGCAUCUUUGUUUAGAGGCGGAAGAGUGGAAGAUAACCUCCCCCCCCCCUCCCCCCUACAAUUUUCUGCAGCUGACAGCAACGCAAAUUAAAUCACCAUAAUUUUAAUAAUAAUUUCAUAUAGCAGCGUUAUAUCACACGGUAUAUUUUGUGUAAUAACAAUCCACAGUUACAUAGUAAACUAUAUCACUACAAUCCACAAUUAUAUAGUAAACUAUAUUACUAUAAUCCACGAUUAUAUAGUAAACUACCUAUAUUACUAUAAUCCACAAUUAUAUAGUAAACUAUAUAACUACAAUCCACAAUUAUAUAGUAAACUGUAUUACUGCAAUCUACAAUUAUAUCGUAAACUAUAUCACUACAAUCCACAAUUAUAUAGUAACCUAUAUAUAUUACUAUAAUCCACAAUUAUAUAGUAACCUAUAUAUUACUAUAAUCCACAAUUAUAUAGUAAACUAUAUAAUAUUACUAUAAUCCACAAUUAUAUAGUAAACUAUGUUACUAAGUAAAAUAUAUUUAAAAAAACAAUUCAAAUACAAUUUUCACUUUAGAAACGGGACUUUACUUGUGAAAAUUCUCCUAUAAAGUCGACAUGCCCUAUAAGGCACCAUUAACUAUUCAGUGUUUCGGACCUUGAACAGGAGGAGGAGGAGGAGUUAGAGUGGUUGGACAGCAAGACGAAGAAGA